UUCAACAAAUUAAUCUCUUCUUCUCUGCCCUUCUUUCUGGCCCUCCUGUCCCCUUCCCUUGGUUUCUCUAGCUAGAGAGAAGCAAUCAGUAUCUGAAUUCACUACCUCAGUGCACUGCUUGCAACCUGACUUCAGUUCAGACCCCCCUAACCAUGUUUCAGGCCAGGAUCGUGGUAUGGGCCACCUGCAUUGCAGUGAUCUCGGCUGCCGCGGCGGCGAUCGAGGGCGUCGGCGUAAACUGGGGGACCCUGAUGUCACACCCCAUGGACCCGGCCAUGGUGGUUCGGAUGCUCAAGGCUAACGGGAUCAACAAGGUGAAGCUGUUCGAUGCCGACCCUUGGACCGUGAAUGCCUUGGCCGGGACCAGGAUCGAGGUCAUGCUCGCCAUUCCGAAUGACCACUUGGGUGAUAUGAGCAGUAACUACGAGAACGCCAAGGACUGGGUCAAGCAGAAUGUUGUCAAGCACGAUCGCAAGGAUGGUGUCAAUAUUAAGUAUGUAGCCGUCGGCAACGAGCCCUUCCUCAGGAGUUACAAAGGCUCCUUCGCGAGCACCGCCUUCCCGGCACUCAAGAACAUCCAGAGAGCCCUCGACGAGGCCGGCGUCGGCGACCGGAUCAAGGCAACCAUCCCCCAAAAUGCCGAUAUCUACUCCUCCCCUGUCAAUGACUCCGUGCCCUCCGCCGGGAACUUCCGCAGGGACAUCCGCGCCCUCAUGACCAAAAUCGUCCGUUACCUCGACUCCAAGGGCUCCCCCUUCGUCGUCAACAUCUACCCCUACCUCAGCCUCUACCAGGACCCCAACUUCCCCGUCGACUUCGCCUUCUUCGACGGCAAGAGCCAACCGGUCGUCGACGAGGGGCUCCGUUACACCAACGUGUUCGACGCCAACUACGACACCCUCGUCUGGUCCCUGAGGAAGGCCGGCGUGCCCAACAUGAAGAUACUUGUCGGGGAGAUCGGCUGGCCGACCGACGGCGACAAGAAUGCGAACACGAAGCACGCCAAGAGGUUCUACGAUGGAUUAUUGAAGAAGGUGGCGAAAGAAGUCGGCACGCCGCUGAGGCCAGGAAAGAUGGAGGUCUACCUCUUCGGGUUGAUCGACGAGGACAUGAAGAGCGUCGAGCCGGGGAACUUCGAGCGGCACUGGGGAAUAUUCAGCUACGACGGGAGGCCCAAGUUCCCGACGGACUUCACCGGGAAGGGGAAAGACAGGUAUCUGGUCGGAGCCACCGGAGUGCGGUAUCUGCCAAAACGAUGGUGCGCGCUGGAUGAGACGGCGGCGAAGAAGAAGUUAAAGAUGAUACCGUCGAGCGUGAACUAUGCGUGCUCGACCGGCGACUGCACGCCGUUGGGUUACGGCUCGUCAUGCCAAGGGCUGAGCCUGUCGGGGAACAUAUCGUAUGCGUUCAAUGCAUACUUCCAGACGAUGGACCAGGACGUGAGGGCUUGUGAUUUCGAAGGGCUGGGGAAGGUCGCGACGACGAAUCUGUCUCAGGGCACCUGUCUGUUCCCCGUACAGAUCGUGAGUGCUGGAGAGAGGGCGGCGGCUAUGGUGGCGGCGGCGGCGGCGGCGGCUGUGGCUGCUGCUGCUGCAAUGGUGUACCAUGGGAUCCGAGAGAAAGAGAGAGAAAGAGAGAGAAAGGCUUACGUUGACAGCGGCCUGGCCGCUACCGGUGCCGGCGUCCCACGCCCGCUUGUGAUGGGCGGUGAGCGAGGCGAGCUUCGAGAACCACUCUCUCGGAUAUUUGGGCCUAGCCUGCGCGUAUAAUUCCGCCUGCUUCUCGUAAAGCCCUGCCAUUGUUCCGCUCUCUCGCUCUCGCCUCUCGCCUCGAUUUAUCCUUCCUCGCUGCCGUUCCCAAACAGCUUAGCAUGAUCUUUAGGGGAGCGUGGAAGAACACGACUCCGCGAGGAAGGCUAAUUGAGAUAAUCGCAGCCGCUCGUUUUUUGUAAUGAUGCAUUCAGAUAUGAGAUCUAUAGAAACGACCGGCUGUAAUUAGUGGCGUGCACGGCCACGCCUUUGCACAUAGUAUAGGGUAAAAUUCCUUGAUCAAUAUGGGCUCUCCCACGAUUUGGAGAGAAAAGUCAACCAAUACCUAACGUUGGUUGAACAAGUAAUUGGAUUAGAGGCUAGAAAUGACUACAGCGUUGAAAAUUCCUACGAUGUCCAUGUAAUGCUGCAAAUUUUUUUAAAGAAAAAUCACUACUUUUCCUCCUCAGAUAAAUUCACUAAGAAAAUUAACUU